AUGUUCGAGUUCGCGAAGAAGUUAGAAUUGGAAUCACAAGUAACUUCCAAGAUAUUUCGACCAUGGGAUAACAAAAGCGAUCAAGAUUCCACAGUUUCAACCACCACUUCAGAAGAAUCAAGUGAUAAUCUCCAAAUAAAAACCGAAAACGCCUCCCCUGAAACAAAUCACAAAAAAUUAAUUCCACAAACUUUAAACGAAUAUAUCCCAUCACCUAAUUCAUAUCUUUAUUCCGACGUUCUUCAUUCAAUGCCUCACCCAAAUUUUCAAUCCGAAACUUUCUUUGAAUCGUUACAAGAAGAAUACAUUAGGGUGCUUCAACAAGAAGAACAUAGUAAAUCUUUAAACAAAAAGCAAAGACCCAAAAAAUAUAAAUGCCCGCAUUGCGGUGUUGCUUUUUCUAAUAACGGUCAGUUGAAAGGUCACAUUAGAAUCCACACAGGAGAACGUCCGUUCAAAUGCGACGAAAAAGAUUGUGGAAAAACGUUUACAAGAAACGAGGAGUUAACCAGACACAAAAGAAUUCACAGCGGGUUGAGACCGUUCAGUUGCAACGAAUGCGGGAAGAGUUUUGGAAGGAAAGAUCAUCUUAAGAAACACAUGAAAACUCAUAUGCAACCGAGAGGGCUUUACGCUGUACCUGUGAUGUUACCCUUCAGUACGUGGAGUAAUUUAGCUAAUGCAUCUCCUUAUCCGUACGUUCCAAACAUGUAUUAUUGA